AUGAAGGCCAUAAUUGGAUCUCAUGGCUUAUGGGACAUUGUCGAGAAAGGAUAUGAAGAUCUCGCAGACGAGAAUACUGUAACCGUGGCUGCACUAGAAGCUUGGCAGCAAACAAAAAAGAAAGAUCAAAGUGCACUCUCAAUUAUUCAUCAAGGGUUAGAUGAUGACAUGUUUGAGAAGAUAGCCAAUGCGACAAGAGCCAAGGAUGCAUGGGAAAUUCUAAAGAAUUCUGUAGUCGAAGUUGAUAGAGUGAAGAAAGAGAAUGAGUCUAUAACAGAUUAUUUUACUCGAGUAUUGGCGGUGGUGAAUCAAAUGAAACGGCUCAAUGAAAAGAUGGAAGAUGUAAGAGUAGUAGAGAAGAUUUUACACUCUCUCAACGGGAAAUUCACUUAUGUGAUGGUGGCGAUUAAAGAAUCAAAGGACAUAGAGUCUAUGGCCAUCGAUGAGUUACAUGGAUCGUUGUUAGCUCAUGAAAAGAGAAUGAAGAGGACCCAACAAGAACCGAUGGAGCAAGUUUUGCAAGCAAAAUUUUCUUUUAAUCCUAAGGGAAAUAAUAGAGGAGGAAGAGGUCGAGGUCGUGGUAGAAGCCGAGGUUAUGGACAAGGUCGUGGUCGGGGUCAAGGAAAAGGCGAGCAAAAUUCAUUUCAAGAAGAUGAAAAUAGAAGUUCUUAA